AUCAUAAGCGGAGCGCAUCAGUCACAGCCAGGCUCUCGUGUUGACCGGAUAGUUUACUAUGGCGCUGUUCGAAGUUUAUCUAGCGGUUGGCGUUACGGUGGUGCUUACACUUGUUGUAUAUGGAGUGUUGUAUCUCGAUAAGAAGCGAAAUUUUUGGAAGAGUCGUAACUUCCCAUGCACCGGGCGGUCGCUGCUGAUUUACGGUGAUUACAAGGGUAUGAACCAAACGGAGCACAUGCAGUACAUCAACCAGCGUCUGUACAACGAGUUCAAAUCAAAGAAUUUGCCGAUCGGGGGAACAAUUCUGUUCACGAUCCGUACGGUGGUUAUCGUCGAUCCAGACCUAAUUAAAGCGAUUCUGGUGAAGGAUUUCCACGCGUUUCACGAUCGUGGAGUCUACAACAAUCCUGAAGUAGACCCAUUAACUGGGCACUUGUUUUCUCUGGAGGGUCAAGCCUGGCGUCAACUAAGGGCGAAACUAUCGCCAACAUUCACCUCUGGUAAGAUGAAAAUGAUGUUCGAAACAAUUCUCAACGUAGCGGAUGAUCUGAAGGAGUUCAUGCUGGAGAAGACGGAAAGCGGAUCAACAGAAUUGGAAAUGAAGAAUGUUUUGGCUGGUUUUACUACCGACGUAAUCGGAUCUUGUGCCUUCGGGAUCGAGUGUAACAGUCUGCGGGCUACGUGCUGCCGAUUUAGAGAGGUCUCAAAACAAAUUUUCCAGCAGUCAGUAGCACAGAUGAUGUGGCAAAUCUUCCUGAUGCUAUUCAAAGGAUUAGCCACCAUACUGAAGCUGAGGGCCACCCCGGCGGAGGUUGAAAAGUUCUUCACCAACAUGGUUCAGGAAACAAUCAGCCAUCGGGAACAGAAUAAUGUUCAACGGAAUGAUUUUAUGAAUAUACUGAUCCAGAUGAAGAACAGCGAAAAGCUGGAAGAACAGUUGACAAUAAAUGAGAUAACGGCACAGUCAUUCAUUUUCUUCGUAGCAGGGUUCGAAACUUCGUCGACCACUAUGGUCAACUGCUUGUUCGAACUGGCAAAGAAUCCCGAUAUUCAGGAUAAGUUGCGCAGUGAAAUCCUCAAAGUUUGUGGUGAUGGAAGACUGACCUAUGAAUCGGUAUCCUCUGUUGAAUAUCUUAAUAUGGUAAUCGACGAAACGCUUCGUAAACACCCCGUUGUUGAUUCGCUGCUUCGUACCUGUAAUCAGUCAUAUGACAUCCCAAGCUCGGAUUUGACAAUACCUGAGGAAACUUUCGUGUUCAUUCCUGUGCACGCUCUCCACAACGAUCCGGAAUACUACCCGAACCCGGACCGUUUCGACCCGGAGCGGUUCAACGCCGAUAACCGCAAGAGCCGCCACCCGUUCGUGUAUCUACCUUUCGGCGAGGGGCCCCGCAAUUGCGUCGGAAUGCGAUUUGGACUGAUGCAGACCCGGGUGGGACUGAUAACGCUGUUGCGCCGGUUCCGUGUGAAGGCUGGUCCGAAUACACCGGAACGGUUGGUGGUGGAUCCAAAGUCCGGUAUUCCGGCUCCGCUCGGUGGAUUGCCGCUACUGAUUGAGCGGCUUUAGAUCGAGCGGACGUUUCGACAGUGGGAUUAUUGUUUCAGCGAUAAGGUCGAGUGCACGAGUUUGUUAAAACGAAAUUAAGAUAGAACGGACACUCGUUGGCACGAUGUUUCAUUGAUACACAUGUGUGGAAUGUUUCUUUGUAUCGGGUCGGGAACGAUAAGCUUGAAUCGUUUGCGCAUUAAAGCAGACUAGACGCAGUGAAAUUGAGCACAUUACCUGCUAUAAACCUUUCCUUGUACGAAUUUGAUACUCACCUGAAAUUAGAGAAGAGAAAAACAUUGCUUUGAUAAGAAAAAUAUUUUGAGCUUGUCAGAGGAAUGUCUUCACUUGUCAUAUAACGAGUUUGUACCAUUCCAUUUAAUUCCACCACUUCAAGUCGUGGAAUUAAAUGGGGUGGUACAAACUCGUCUUUUGACAAGUGAUUGCUUUAAUAUAUAUUUUUCGAUUGUUCAUUUGUAUGGAAUUUGUUAUUUAUUACAACAAACGCCGAAUUCGUCCAAAAAGAACAUGAUUAUUUUUUGUUUGAAUAAAAAUGCCCCAAAAAAAAUUAGGAUUUUUCUAUAUAAAAAAAUGCGCUUUGUCAAUGACAAAAAUCACAAGAACCAAUAAAUAAAAAAAAGGAAAAUAGAAAUAAAAAACGACUUAAAUA